AUGCGCACUGUCCCCGCUCGGGAGAUGGGUGGCUGGCGUGUUCUGGGCCAGGUCUGGGGUGCCUGGCGGCGGGGACCAGGGGUGCGUGCAGUGCCCAGUGCCUCAGGCUUUGGCACCGAAGCCGGACAUCAGCUGCGACCUCGAGGCUCCCGCAACCGAUCGAGGCCCCGGGGGGACCAGCCAUUCCCGGGGCUGCUGCAGCUGGAGAACCUCGGUCGGAAGGAGCUGGUUGAUGUGCUGAGGGCAGCCGUAGUGGACCAGAAAGGACCUCUAGUGACGUUGAAUAAGCCACUGGGUCUACCAGUGACAGGAAAACCAGGGGAGUUGACAUUGGUCUCAGUGCUGCCAGAGCUGAGCCAGUCCCUGGGGCUUAGGGAUCAGGAGCUCCAGGUUGUCCAAGCAUCCGGGAAAGAGACCUCUGGGCUUGUGCUCCUCUCUAGUUGUCCCCAGACGGCAAGCCGCCUCCAAAAGUUCUUCAUCCACUCACGGAGAGCCCAGAGGCCCACAGCCACCUACUGUGCUGUCACUGAUGGGAUCCCAGCUACUUCUGAGGGGAAGAUCCAAGCAGCUUUGAAACUGGAACACGUGGAUGGCGUCGAUCUUGUAAUUCCAGUGAAGUCCCCAUCCCGAAAGGACUUCCAAGAAGGUGUCAAGAGGACUCUCAGCCACUUCCGUGUGCUGGCCAUGGGCUCUGGCUGUGCCCUGGUCCAGCUGCAGCCACUGACAGCGUUCCCCAGUCAGCUCCAGGUACACAUGCUGCUGCAGCUCUGCCCUGUGCUUGGGGAUCACGCAUACUCUGCCCGCGUGGGCACGGUCCUGGGCCAGCGCUUUCUACUGCCGGCGGAGAGCACCAAGCCCCAAAGACAGGUCCUGGACGAAGCCCUCCUCAGACGCCUCUGCCUGACCCCCUCCCAGGCUGCCCAACUGCCCUUGCAUCUCCACCUGCACUGUCUCCAUCUUCCAGGCGUGAGGCCCAGGGAGGCCCCCAUGAAGCUUCUGGCACCCUUGCCCCCUUAUUUCUCCAGGACCCUACAGUGCCUGGGGCUUCCUUCUCUUCCUGCUGGAAAGCGGGGGGUGGGGGGGGGAAUGAACCUACCAUCAGACCUGAAUGAAUGAGGUCAGCACUCAACAAGCAGUAAGGCCUCACUUUCAAAUCCUGGGCUCUGCACUGGGACAAACCUAAGAUCAAAGCCUCCCUAGGCCACCUGCUGUACUGUGUUAGGCAAGUGACUCCAUCUCUCUGGACAUGCGUUAAUAAAAGUACCUACCUCAUA